GGAGAGCGGCGCCGGCGGCUUGGAAGCUCCCUGACUUCUCUGCGAGAAGUGGCCGUGGCCGCCGCCGCCGCUUUGGAGAAGGAAUCGGGAGACGCGGAGAAACGGCAACUGGAGACAAAGCGAAGGGGCGGGAGGAAGCUCUCGCUGGGACAUCUCAAAUCCAGCCCGAUGUGGCUUCCAUUCUUUGGGGAGGGAAGAGCAUUUGGGUGCCGUCCCAAAGAGGCGACCUCCCCGCCGCCUCUUCUCUCUCUUUCCUUUGUGCACCGCUAGGUCUCCUAGGAGAGCCGGCAGCAGAUCGGGGUGGCAAAACAGGGCAGCCCGGAUCCGGCGAUUCCUGCUCUCGCCGCGCCCUGUCAUUGAUGGGAAAUCAACUGGAUCGCAUCACCCACCUGAGUUACAGCGAACUGCCGACCGGGGACCCCUCGGGGAUCGAGAAAGACGAGCUGCGCGUCGGAGUGGCUUACUUCUUCUCCGACGAGGAGGAGGAUCUGGACGAGCGAGGGCAGCCGGACAAGUACUGCGUGAAGGGCUCGAGCAGCCCGGCCCAAGAGUCCCCCACCCGCCACCACCACGCGCCGCCGCAGCUGGUGCUGAGCGAGACCCAGUUCUCCGCCUUCCGCGGCCAGGAAUGCAUCUUUUCCAAGGUGAGCGGAGACUCCCAGACUGGAGAUUUGAGCGUCUGUCCGGCGUCUUCCCUGCCUGCCCUGUGCAAGCCGGGAGACCUGCUGGAGCUGCUCUACCUGGGGCCGUCCGACCACCCUCCGCCGCCCCCGCAGUGGGCAGUCUAUGUGGGCAACGCUCAGAUCAUCCACUUGCACCAGGGCCAGAUUCGGCAGGACAGCUUGUACGAGGCGGCCGCCGGCAACGUGGGCCGGGUGGUGAGUAGCUGGUACCGCUUCCGCCCCCUGGGGGCCGAGCUGGUAGUGCAGAACGCCUGCAGCCACCUGGGCUUAAAAAGCCACGAGAUCUGCUGGACGAACUCGGAGAGCUUCGCUGCUUGGUGCCGCUUCGGCAAACGGGAGUUCAAAACGGGCGGCGAGCUUCAGCCGCCCUCCGGCACUCCGUCCCAGCAGCAAUACUAUCUCAAGAUCCACCUGGCGGACAACAAGGGCCACACGGUGCGGUUCCAAAACUUGGAGGACCUCAUUAGGGAGAAGCGCAGGAUCGACGCCAGCGGUAAACUGAGGGUGAUCCAAGAGCUGGCGAUCGUAGAGGAGGAUGAUAGCAAAGAAUAAAAGGCGCGAGCGGGGAGAAGGGAGACCGGCCGUGGCCCGAUCGGCAAGCACCACCCAUCCUCCCCGCGGACUCGAACCGCCCCCUUGUUGCUCGCCUCCUUCCGCCUUUUCUCCUUCCCCGGUCUUCCCCGUGGAGGGAAAACCACCACGGCCACGUUGCAAACGAGACCAGCGGCUGCCCUUGCCUUGGCUUCGGUCGGAGGUUGGUUCGCCUUCUGCGAACCGGGAUCGCCUUCUGCGAACCGGGAUCGCCGUCACCACGAUCCUGACGACCCGUGGAGUGGAGUGGAGAGGGGUGGGGUCGGCCACGCGAUGAGCAAAAUCUGUGGACAAAGUCGCUCAGUGUUAAUACUUCCCAUCCUGCUUAAAUAAAAAAAAUGUUUUAAAAAAAAUUAACUCCCCCCUU